CCUAACUUGAAUAUUUACCCAGAGUGGAAGUACGUAAAAUGUCGGAUUAAACAGGCACCUUUCACUUGUUAACAAUGCUGAGAAUGAUUUCACAUUAAUGAUGUAGCCGAAACACCUGAUAUAAUGGCAACAGCUCAAACGAUAUGCUAUAGAAGUGAUUCUUAUAGAAACUGGGUUAGAGGGUCAGUUGGUCUAGGAUAUUUACAAGAAGGUCUACAAGUAUUCGCUGAAACUAUUGUCCAGACUGAACAUAGAAAUAUUUUACAAAGAAUCGGAAAAUGUGGAAAAUGUAGUAUAGAAAGUAUCAUGCCUGCUCACGCAAAACAAGGGCAUUGUAUUCAAAAGAACCGACGCAGAUGCAACUGCACAAAGAAAGGAAACAUAUACUGUGCAGUAUGCAGCAAAACGUAUGAUGAAAUCAUAAUACAGCAUCGGUUUAUUGAUCCAAACUGGGAGAUAGACUCAGCAGGUUUGUUUAGCGACCAUUGGCAAUUUGCAAAGUGCUUUAUGACAACAACAAAAAAAGAGUCAAAUAACACGGCAGCCGAGACGGAUGCUGCUUGCCUUUUGAGUAUUAUUAUAAACGGCAACUUCUUCCAGGCAGAACUCGAUACCAUCAUAGACGGCGAAAAUGAUAUAUUCAGUCAGGCAAAAAAAGUAAGAAAUGCCAUUUUGCAUAGUUCAAAGCUCGAGCUUACAGAGGACGAAGUUACUGAAUAUUUGAAAACAAUGAUCGAUGUAUUGCAAGACAGAAAGGUUCUUAUGAAUGACAAAGCAGCACAAACGGCUGUUACAAAGAUAACUUAUAUCAUGAAUACAAAAUUCGUUAUAACAACCGGGAUAGAAAAAAGUGCAAUUGAAAGUGCACAGAGAUCUAUCAAGGGAACUGGAGAAUUGUGUGAAAAUGGUUUAAAAGAGCUGACAUCACAAUCAUUAGCUGAAAUAUCACGAGCAAAAGAAGAUGCAAUAGAUGAAAUAGAGAAAAACAAGCCGAAAGAUCGUAAUGCAUCAGGCGCAGGCAUUGCCAUCGGACAGGAUACCAAGACAAAAGAACAAUAA